AGCGAACGAACGGCAGGACGACGCCUUGAGGGGGGUUGUACUCUUGUACUCGUAUGCCAGAAGAAGAACAAGAAAUUAUUCAUACUGGGCGCGUGCGCGGCAUGCGCUGAAAUUUGCGGGUUACGACCAUUUCUAUAGACUGCUAGUUUGCUUGCCUUUUGGGGGCUGAGAGGGCUUCCUGCGGAUCUCAUUGAUCAAAAAUAUCCCGAAACGAAAAAUUUGUAGUAAAAAUGUCUGAUAAUCGCCUGGAAAUUGUAGAAUUUAGUUUGGCAAGUGAAAAUACGGGAGACGAAAAAUCCAAAAAAAAUUUUAAAACGUCCGAGAAGGAAAACUUCGGGACUAAAACCACAAAAACAACAGCAACAACAGGAGAAGCCCCGAAGGAGACAAUAACCCUAGCCACGACUGGCGCAACAAUAACGACAACGGGCACCAAAGCCGAGCCAGCGACGCCGAGCCGCAAAACGGCGGUACUAACGGGUCCAGACUCGCCCGAUGCAAGCAGCACGGAGCUCAAGUUCCCCACCUUCGUCAGUGGCACUGGCAACGGCAGCAGCAGCACUGGCAGUGGCAAUGGUGUCUACAAGAUCAUCAAGACCCUGGGCAAGGGCAACUUCGCCAAAGUCAAGUUGGCCCUGCACGUGCCGACGGGUCGCGAGGUGGCCAUUAAGGUGAUCGACAAGACCCAAUUGAACAGCAGCGCGAAGCAGAAGCUGUACCGAGAGGUGCGGAUCAUGAAGCUGCUGAAUCAUCCGAACAUAGUGCGGCUCUUUCAGGUGAUCGAGUCGGAACGCACACUGUAUCUUGUCAUGGAGUAUGCCAGUCGUGGCGAGCUCUUCGACCAUCUGGUUAAGAAUGGACGUAUGCGUGAGCGCGACGCACGCGUGAUUUUUCGUCAGCUCGUCUCUGCAAUUCAGUAUUGUCACAGUAAAUUUGUGGUGCAUCGUGAUUUGAAGGCCGAGAAUCUGUUGUUGGAUCAGAACAUGAACAUAAAGAUUGCGGAUUUUGGGUUCGGCAACACCUACGAUCCCAAGUCACAGCUCGAGACCUUCUGUGGCAGUCCCCCGUAUGCGGCCCCCGAACUCUUUAUGGGUCGCAAGUAUGCGGGCCCAGAGGUGGAUGCCUGGUCGCUGGGUGUGGUGCUCUACACGCUGGUCAGCGGCUCGCUGCCCUUCGAUGGCGGCACACUGAAGGAGCUGCGAGAGCGCGUGUUGCGCGGAAAGUACCGCGUGCCUUACUAUAUAUCCAUGGACUGCGAACAGCUGAUGCGUAAGUUUCUGGUUCUCAAUCCAGCCAAGCGCACUACACUCACUGCAGUGAUGUCGGACAAGUGGAUAAACACGGGCUACGACGAGACGGACCAGCUGCGCGCCUAUCGCGAGAAACCCAUGGAGCUGGACGAUGCUAUACGUGUGGAGAUGUUAGUGAACAUGGGCUACAAACGAGGCGUCGUCGAAGCAUCCAUCAUAGGGCAGCUCUUCGACGACAUCUACUGCACAUACAUGCUCCUAGGCGUGCCCAAGCCCAAGAGUGGGCCGCAGGAUUCUCGCCCAAAUCCCACCAAUGUGACGACCACAACUAUCACGCUGCCUGAGGAGAAGAGCCUGCUGCAGAGUAGUCGCCCGAUAGCGCCGCGUGUGGCCAACUCAAUUCAUGCCACAUCUGUAGCCUCGCCUCGAACGACAGCUACGCCGAUAGCUACAGGGUCAAGUGGGGGUGUGCCACCUGCCAAGCCCACACGCCGCUCUACGCACAAAACAGCCAACCUUCGCACAGACCUUAUGUCGCGAGCCUGCUCGCCCCUAACUCCACAGAGCAAGCGUGUCACAAGCGUCGAUGUGAAGCCCACGCUGCUCAGUGCGCAGCGGCAGCUGGCGCAGGCACAAAAAAUGGCCAACACUCCCUCCCGUUACCACCAUCAGGCGACUCCCAGUUCGGCGCGGAGGCCGACAACUCUGUACGAAAAGGCCGAUCCUGUGCUGCCCAAGGCGUCGCCGCCCGUGGACGCAAAUUUGCUGGAGCGUCUUCAUGCGGCCAGCGGGCAGGCGACGGGGUCUUCCGAGAAGCCAUUCACACGCAACAAUGUGGCGCGUGCCACCUUCCACUUCGGCCAAGGGCGUAGCAGCAAGCAUGGGCGUGGCACCGCUGUGGGCUGUGAGGAGGACAAUUACCAAGGGCCUCCACUAUCCGCCGAUGAUACCAAACCAGCCUCGCGCGUCGGCUUCUUCUCCAAGCUGACAGCGCGCUUCGGCCGACGCGUCAUCUACUUGCAUGAGAAGGAUGCCUCCGAGCAGCGCAAGAACUUGACAAAGUAGUCGCGAGGAGCAUCCAAACUCAACAACAAUUGCUGCAGUGUCUAUCGAAAGUUACUAGCAUGAAAGUACAAAGCAAAACACGAAGAAAAAUUGGAAAAAAAACUAAAACUAUUGGAAACUAUCAGACAUAAAAAUUGUUAAUUCUUCUUCAGAUCUGUAAGUGAUAGUAGCUCUCUUUUUUUAAAUAGUUGGCACCCCCCAUUCAUAUAUGUGUAUACCCUCAUAUAUACAUUUAUAUAUAUUUUAUAUAGAAAAUACAAAUUAUUAUAUAUAAUAAAUACACGUUUAGAACAAA